AUGGGCUUCGACCUGAAUUGUCCAUUCGACCUUGAUUCUUUAGAUCAGCAGCAGCAGCAGCACGGCUACUUCGACUUCCAGGUUUCCGGUGCAAGCUACCCAUAUAUCCAAACCUCGACAUCGCAAGAUAUAACACCCCGGUUCGAGCCGCCGGCAGCGCAAGCACAACAAAAAAUAUGCGAACCCCUCGUCCUACCUCCCAAAUCAGACGCAGAGACCAUCUCGCAAGCGUACUUCUCCCACUUCUCUAACGAGCAACCUUACCUGGAUCGAUCAACCUUCCAGUUUUGUCUCAACGCCGUCUACAGCUUACCCAGCCCGAAUGCUCAGCUCGACCUGACGGCUGCCACUAUCCUCUCCUCGACGCCCUAUUCGCUCCAGACAGCGAAAUUCCACGUCUUCAUCGUCUUGGCGACCGGCAUGCGGCUGCUGGGGGAACAGCUCGGUGGCCGCUUCGAGGGCAUGCUGGAGAGUUGCUAUAGGGCGGCAAUGGGCCAAGUGGCAGAGGUUGGGAUGGAUUUCUGGGAACGGCCGGGAGGCGCGGAGGCGGCGAUGUUGUUGGCCGCUUUUGGGAAGGCGAGGGGGAGUCUGUAA